CUUAGCACAUCUUCCUCGCCCGCCAGACGAUCCUCGCGGACGUGCGGAGGCAAUUCGAGAACCGCUCCGCAAACGCAUCCUCUCCGUGGCCUCUCUUCCCGAGCACGACGCGUCUUUCCUUGCCGCCACGAGGGGGUUGACAAGCCGGCUGCCGUGCAUUUGCUUGCUCAGGAUUUGACAUCGCAUUUGCUUUUUUUGACGCCUCUCUUUGCGUGAUCCUGGACCCCACGGAGACACCAGACGCGGGGGGUUGGCUGGUUGUGCGUGCUGAGUACCUGCGCUCGGCUUUCCUGGCCCGAGUCGUUGACUUAACGUGGCCGCGCGCGGUCAGUGAGUGAUCGCCGUGCCUGGCCGGCGCAGAGAGCCACGUCCCCUCCCCCACAGAGGCGGCGUCCCAACACCACCUCGCUGCAAAGAUUCCCGGCCCGUUUAUCGCCUCUUUGGUCCCCACAAGCACGCAAGAUAAGGCCGCUCUCAAACUUUCGGCUAGACAAACGCCCAAGUCAUACAAAAUCAGAUCCGGCGCCUGCAUACCUCGGACUGAAAACGUACAUGCCCUUUCACCACGCUCCCAACCGUCUUGCGCUUCGAGCAGCGAUUCACCCCGUCACCGCUACUUUGCCUGGCCUGCCCCAUCAUUCGCUACCCGGAUCAGCCCCCGACAUCGUUAUCGCGAGCUAUUGCGCCAGGCUUGUCACCCAUAUCGCUUCCUAGUCACCAUUCGUCGUCCUCAAAAAUGGCGACCCAGCACCAAAAAUUCACCCGGAAACACAAUGGCAAGACCCAGAAGCCAGGCCUGCUGAAGCGCCAUUCGGCGCAUGCCGUGUCUAGGUCGAAGACUGUCCACAUUCGAGGUGAAAGCCAGGACGUGGAUGAGGAUAUCAUGGCCGCCAGUUUUCUGCAGUAUUGUGCCACUUGCGAGAAGCAAAUCGUCACACCUAGCAAUUCAAUACUCUACUGCUCAGAGAGUUGCCGAAGAAAGGAUCAUACGCAUAUACCGUCAUAUGACACAUACGCCGCUCAGUCGCCCCCUAUGACUCCUCUCCAGUCUUCCUCGUCAUGGGAUAAGUUCCCGAUGCAUGACAUCGUCCCUCAGCGCUCGCCGACCGUUAAUCAAUAUGCCUUGAAUCGCUACUCGUAUUCGUCCUUCUCCGAGGAUGAAACUUCCUUCUCUGAGGACGAGAAGCACAUGGAGCCUAGACGAGAGUCGGAAGCCGAGCGCCAACUUCGUCUAUUCGCAGAGCAAGCCGCCGAAUCUCACUCUAGAACACCUCGGCCUCAGUACAAACGGUCUUCGACCAACUACUCCAGUAUGAGUAACGCGCCUUCACUUUCUCAGUCGCCGACAUCGACAACGGCGGGCAUGUCGUUUCCUUAUACUCCAGUCUCACGACCGCUGCCACCCCGCACCAACCCUACAUACAGCACGUCGUUCAAGUUUUCAAAAUCGAUCGAGCUUGUCAAUCCGUAUCCAGCCAUGACCCAGAUGAUGCCAACGACUGCUCCUUCCAGCCUUCAUGACAGCAGAAGAGGUCUGAAGUCAGGCGCUGGCGCAGCGACGAGUCAGGGCAUCGCCGAGGGCGAGGUCAUAUACGAGAAAAGCCCUAUACCGUUGAGCACAUCUGGCCCAGAUCAGAGCAGCUUAAAGAAGCUAUUUAGAUUCAAUGAGAUGCAAGCCGGCCCACCACAUUCCGAGCGCUACUAGUCACGAUACCCAUAUGCAUACCACUAUAACCUUUCACAUGGCCCGCGCCCAUGAUCAAACCGUUUGCACGGCAUUCGACAUAGACGGAACCCACAGCGACUUGCAAAAGUUUUAUUUUGGCGUUUGGUUCCCACUUGUCUUUUCUUCCCACGUUUUCCUUGAAUUUUUUUUUUUUUGGAUUCAUGUCUCAAGGAUAAUCCAUGACUUGGGGG